CUGCACACUCCAUGCGCCUGCAUGAGUGCGACCACGUGACUUACAUUUCAUUAGCAGCAGCCAUAUUCAAUAAUGAAUACAAUGAUGCGCCGGCUGCUUCCUUGGCGUUAAAGAGGAGUUGAACCUUCCGUGGUUGAACUUGUUCAAAGCUAACAAGUACGUGGCGAUAAAGUACGUGGCGACACUUUUCAUUUGCAACAUCGUUGGCUCCCCGAGGCCCUUUCCUCUCAGGAAAACACCAUGGGGGAUUUGACGAAGACGUUUCUGUACGCCUGGUGUGGAAAGCAUAAGGUUACGCCCGAAUACGAGUUCAAGAACACUGGACCAAGGCAUCGUCAGAGGUUUCUUUGCGAGGUUCGUGUUCAAGGCUUCGACUAUGUCGGUGCCGGGAAUUCGACAAACAAGAAAGAUGCUCAAACAAAUGCAGCUCGAGAUUUUCUGCAGUAUUUGGUUCGCAACAACCAUGUUCCGCAGUCUGAGGUUCCCAUUGAAAUUCCGACUGGUGGACCUCCUCCUCCUUCAAACGACCCUGAUAUCAAAAACAGUGAAGAACAAGAACCUCUCCCCAAUGAGCGCAAGCCAGUUUUGCCCUACCAGCAAGGGCCACCAGCGUCUUACUUGGACAGGCUGGCUGAAAAACGAAGGCUUGAAGAAGCUGAGGACUUGGACAUGAAUUCCGGCAUCCAUGGCAACUGGACAAUUGACACUGCGAAAUCAAGGCUGCAUCAGUUUAUGCAGAUGAAUAAGAUUAAUGCUGAUUACACUUACAGUGAAGUUGGACCAAGCCACAACAAGACCUUCUUUGCAGAAAUGGCAUUUUUUGUGCGCAAGCUGAACAUGAGAAUUCAGGCAAAAGAGCAAGGCUCUAACAAACAGAUGGCAUCAAAGUCAUGUGCCUUGUCUUUAGUGCGUCAGCUGUACCAUCUUGGUGCUAUUGAUGCCUACACAGGAGUUGCCAAGAAGAAGACUGAAAGCAAGUUGGAGCCAUAUGCAGUCACGUUGAAACCAGAGGUUGUUGAAGAAAUGGCCGAGACCAUUAGAGCUUUGAAGAUUGAAGCUGUCUGUGUUCCAGAAAACCCUGAAAGCAUGAGUGAGCCCUUCUCACUGAAAGUUCCACGUCAACUUGAGGAGGAGCAGGUGGUAGCCCAGCCUGUACCUGGAGGAGUGGUACCUUGGUCCCCACCACAGCAGAAUUGGAACCCUUGGACAUCUUGCAACAUUGACGAGGGUCCUAUGGCCACUAUGACAUUGAGUCAGAUCAGCGAGGAUAUUCUUAAUAACUACAAUCAGCAAGUGGACCAUGACCCACAACUAAAAAAGAUGUUGGAUGAACGUUACCAACUUCCAGUCUACAAUUCCUAUGACAGCAUAUUAGAUGCUAUCCACCAGUCGUCAGUUGUCAUCAUACGAGGUGCUACAGGCUGUGGAAAAACCACUCAGGUGCCACAGUAUAUACUGGACUCGUACAUAAAUCAAGGGAUUGGCGCUGAAUGCUGUAUCGUUGUCACUCAGCCUCGGAGAAUCAGUGCAGUGUCAGUUGCUGAACGAAUUGCUGAAGAACGAUCUGAGCAACUUGGUCAAAGUGCCGGCUACAGUGUUCGUUUUGAAUCUGUGCUCCCACGUCCCUAUGGGUCCAUCUUGUUCUGCACAGUGGGUGUCCUGUUAAGGAAAUUGGAAGCUGGUCUUCGAGGAGUAUCUCAUGUCAUCAUUGAUGAAAUUCAUGAGCGAGAUGUCAAUACUGACUUCAUCAUGGUUGUUAUCAGAGACAUGGUGCGAGCAUUCCCCCAGUUGCGUGUCAUACUGAUGUCUGCCACCAUUGAUGUAACAUUGUUCCAGUCAUACUUCGAAAAUUGUCCAGUCAUUGAGGUUGAAGGACGAGCACACCCUGUUCAAGAAUACUUCUUGGAGGACUGCAUUGAACUAGUCAACUUUGUGCCCCCACCAAACUCAAAAAAGCGCAAAAGGGAUGAAGAGGACAUUGAGACAGAUGAGCCUGAUGAGAACUUGAAUAAAGUGAUAGACCCAAGUUAUAAGCCUUCAACAAAGAUGGCCAUGGCUCAGUUGGAUGAGAAGACCUUGUCAUUUGAAUUGAUUGAGGCACUUCUUCUACAUAUUAGGAGCAUGGAGGAGAAGGGAGGUGCCGUGCUGAUAUUUCUGCCUGGCUGGAAUUUGAUUUUUGCCCUAAUGAAGCACCUGCAGCAGCACCCCACCUUUGGUAGUUCUCAGUACCAAAUUUUGCCACUGCAUUCACAGAUUCCCCGUGAAGACCAGCAUAAAGUCUUUCGGCCAGUGCCUGAUAAUGUGACAAAGGUGAUUCUUUCGACAAACAUUGCCGAGACAAGUAUUACCAUUAAUGAUGUAGUGUUCGUCAUAGACUCAUGCAAGGCCAAGAUGAAACUGUUCACGUCGCACAAUAACAUGACCAACUAUGCCACAGUGUUUGCUUCUAAAACAAACCUGGAGCAACGUCGAGGCCGAGCAGGACGGGUUCGACCAGGCUUCUGCUUCCACCUCUGCAGCAGGGCACGUUAUGAAAA